AUGCAAAAGUGGUCCACAAGGUGGAAAACGAAAAGGUGGUUUAUGGAUUCCACCGUAACUGCAUUCAUCACUUUAACCCUGCUUCUACAAGCGACGCAUGUCCGAGCAGCAGAGCCAGUGGACGUGCUAAAAGUAUUAGAAUUUCAAAAUUACCCCGAAGGAGUGACGAAAACAUCAGGACUCUGCACAAACCGAAGAGCAUCAAAGCCGGACUCAGCUUUCAGAAUUGCCAAGCAGGUCCAGAUCAGUGCCCCCACCACACAGUUAUUCCCUGGAGGUGUUUUUCCUGAGGACUUCUCCAUCCUAACCACAGUUCGCCCCAAGUCAGGCCUCCAGUCUUUCUUGCUGUCCCUUUACAACAAGCAGGGAGUCCAGCAGCUGGGCGUAGAAGUGGGACGUUCACCUGUCUUCCUGUAUGAGGAUCAGACUGGCAAACCAGCGCCAGAGGACUACCCUCUGUUCCGUACUCUCAACCUUGCUGACGGAAAGUGGCACCGUGUGGCCAUCAGUGUGGAGAAGAAGACGGUCACCAUCAUUGUAGACUGUACGAAGAAGAUCACCAAGCCUCUCCUCAGGAGUGACCAUGGUUCCAUCAACACCAAUGGCAUUACCGUGUUCGGCACCAGGAUCCCGGAUGAGGAGGUUUUCCAGGGUGACAUCCAGCAACUCUUGAUUGUGGCUGAUCCCAAAGCAGCGUAUGACUACUGUGAACAUUACAGCCCAGACUGUGACACCCCCCACAGUGAUUCUCUGCAGGCGCAGGAGCCAGAGGAAGAGUACACUACUGACGAUUUAGAUUACUCUCAGUUCUAUGAUUACUCUGAGGGAGCCACAGACAUCAUUCCAACCGAUGAGUAUUCUGAACCACAGGUAAAUGAAAAAAGGAAAAGAAACGGAAAAAAAGACUUGCUGAAAAGCAAAUCCUGUGUGUUUUCCUUUGUGUUAACCCUCGCUUUAUAUUUCUUUCCUUUUUUCAACAUGACUCAGCCAAACAAUGUAGGAGAUUACAAUACAGACUUUGACUACGGAACUGUAGAUGAUACUCAAACUCAGUCCCCCUUUGCCACGAGCGGACCCAAUGAGGCCACUCCCAUUGCUCCGGAGCCCAUUGUCCCAGAAACGGUGGACAACUUGGACACUGGUGCGGAAGCAUAUAACUUUAAGGAAUAUGACCUAAAGGAGUAUGACUUGGGCGAGGUUGACAACAGGGUGUAUGAUUACGGGACAUAUGAUGAGUAUGACAGGGCCCAGCCCCAAACCCCGGCAGCUGAAGAUGAAGAGGUGGGGCCCGGGGUUGCUGCUGAAACUGACGUUUCUGAGAGCACCGUUGCUGGCGCUGGAGGAGCCUUUGGCCAGAAGGGAGACAAGGGCGAGCCGGCUGUCAUUGAGCCUGGCAUGCUUAUUGAAGGACCACCAGGACCCCAUGGCCCAGCUGGUCUUCCAGGUCCCUCAGGGCUACAAGGACCCCCAGGCCCCGCUGGAGAUCAUGGUGACAGGGGUCCUCCUGGUCGUUCUGGUCUGCCUGGUGCUGAUGGUUUGGCAGGACCCCCUGGUACCAUGCUGAUGCUGCCAUUCCGUUUUGGUGGGGAUGGCGAGAAGGGUCCAGUGGUUUCUGCCCAAGAAGCCCAAGCUCAGGCCAUCCUGUCCCAGGCUAGACUGGCCAUGAGGGGACCCUCGGGGCCAAUGGGGUUGACAGGAAGAUCAGGGCCAGUGGGUCUACCUGGUAAUCUCGGACUGAAAGGUGAAUCUGGAGACCAUGGCCCUCAGGGUCCCCGUGGAAUCCAAGGGCCUCCAGGACAACUUGGCAAACCUGGCAAGAGGGGCCGUGCCGGAGCUGACGGCUCCCGUGGAAUGCCCGGAGAGUCGGGCUCCAAGGGUGACAGAGGCUUCGACGGGCUGCCCGGACUGCCUGGUGAAAAGGGACACAGGGGGGAGCUAGGGCCAAUGGGACCCACAGGUGCCUCUGGAGAGGAUGGACAGAGAGGCGAGGAUGGAGAGAUCGGGCCCAGAGGAUUAGCUGGCGAGAGUGGUCCUCGUGGUUUGCUGGGACCUCGUGGUUCUGCUGGACCCCCUGGAUCUCCUGGUGUUGCUGGGGUUGACGGGCCUUCUGGUGCCAAAGGAAACAUGGGCCCACAAGGAGAACCAGGCCCACCCGGGCAGCAGGGAAUCCCUGGGACACAGGGUCUUCCUGGUCCUCAAGGCCCUAUCGGACCACCUGGUGAAAAAGGACCUCACGGCAGGUCGGGGUUGUCUGGAUUACCUGGAGCUGAUGGGCCUCCUGGUCAUCCCGGUAAGGAGGGUCCACCUGGAGAGAAAGGAGCCCUGGGUCCCUCAGGUCCACAGGGUCCUAUUGGUUAUCCUGGCCCCCGUGGUGUCAAGGGUGCUGAUGGUGUCCGUGGUCUCAAGGGCGGCAAGGGAGAGAAGGGUGAGGAUGGUUUCCCAGGUUUCAAGGGAGACAUGGGAAUCAAAGGAGACCGGGGUGAGCUUGGCAUGCUUGGGCCCCGUGGAGAAGAUGGUCCAGAGGGUCCCAAAGGCCGAUCUGGCCCCAACGGAGACUCAGGUCCCCUUGGUCCCGCUGGAGAAAAGGGUAAACUGGGUGUUCCAGGAUUGCCAGGUUAUCCAGGAAGACAAGGACCCAAGGGCUCGAGUGGUUUCCCUGGGUUCCCUGGAGCCAACGGCGAGAAAGGAGCCAGGGGCAUUGCAGGCAAAGCUGGUCCAAGAGGGCAAAGAGGUCCAACGGGUCCUCGUGGGGGUCGAGGAGCCAGAGGUCCAACAGGAAAACCCGGUGCCAAGGGAACAUCAGGCAACGACGGUCCUCCAGGCGGUCCCGGUGAGAGAGGGCCUCAAGGACCUCAGGGACCAGUGGGCUUCUCUGGGCCAAAAGGCCCCCCUGGACCACCUGGAAAGGACGGGCUGCCCGGACACCCUGGUCAGCGUGGGGAGACGGGUUUCCAAGGAAAAACUGGUCCACCAGGCCCAGGAGGUGUUGUUGGUCCCCAGGGACCAACUGGAGAGACUGGUCCUGUUGGGGAAAGAGGCCACCCUGGACCCCCUGGCCCACCCGGUGAGCAGGGUCUUCCAGGUGCUGCUGGCAAAGAGGGAGCGAAGGGAGACCCUGGACCACAGGGAUCCUCCGGUAAAGACGGUCCUCCCGGCCUUCGAGGUUUCCCUGGAGAAAGAGGUCUACCUGGCGCCACGGGCCCAGCAGGUCUGAAGGGAGGAGAAGGGCCCCAAGGUCCAUCUGGUCCCGUUGGUUCUCCUGGUGAAAGGGGUUCUGCUGGCUCAGCUGGUCCAAUAGGCCUGUCUGGUAGACCUGGCCCUCAGGGUCCCCCAGGACCCUCUGGAGAGAAGGGAGCGCCUGGUGAGAAAGGACCUCAAGGUCCUGCUGGUCGCGAUGGUGUUCAGGGUCCUGUUGGUCUGCCCGGGCCUGCUGGACCUCAGGGUCCACCUGGAGAGGAUGGUGACAAGGGAGAGGUUGGAGAGCCUGGUCAGAAAGGAAGCAAAGCCGACAAGGGAGAACAGGGUCCUCCUGGUCCAGCUGGUCUCCAAGGUCCCAUAGGUGCCCCGGGUCCUGCUGGAUCUGAUGGAGAGCCUGGUCCCAGAGGUCAGCAGGGUAUGUUUGGACAGAAGGGAGAUGAAGGCUCCAGAGGUUUCCCUGGACCCCCUGGUCCCAUCGGUCUGCAGGGGCUUCCUGGACCUCCGGGUGAGAAGGGAGAGAACGGUGAUGUGGGCCCCAUGGGCCCUCCUGGUCCUCCUGGUCCCAGAGGUCCUCAGGGUCCGAGUGGAGCUGAUGGUCCACAAGGCCCUCCAGGUGGUGUUGGCCCCAUGGGAUCUGUGGGCGAGAAGGGUGAACAAGGUGAGGCCGGAAACCCAGGACCACAAGGAGAGGCUGGAACCGGGGGACCGAAAGGCGAGAGAGGAGAGAAAGGAGAGGCUGGCCCCCCUGGAGCUGCUGGACCUGCGGGUGCCAAAGGACCACCUGGAGAUGACGGUCCAAAGGGCAACCCUGGACCUGUUGGAUUCCCCGGAGACCCUGGUCCACCUGGAGAGCCAGGUGUUGCUGGCACUGAUGGAGAAUCAGGAGAGAAAGGAGAGGAUGGUGAGGCCGGUCAGGCGGGACCUCCAGGUCCAUCAGGAGAAGCUGGCCCACCUGGACCACCUGGCAAGAGAGGGCCCCUGGGGGCUGCUGGUGCAGAGGGCAGGCAAGGAGAGAAAGGCGCCAAGGGUGAGGCAGGUUCCGAGGGCCCAGCAGGUAAAACCGGACCGGUUGGACCCCAGGGCCCUUCAGGAAAGCCCGGCCCAGAGGGUCUGCGUGGAAUCCCCGGUCCUGUCGGUGAACAAGGACUGCCCGGCUCUUCAGGACAAGAUGGCCCACCUGGUCCCAUGGGUCCUCCUGGUCUUCCUGGCCUGAAAGGUGACCCCGGGUCUAAAGGUGAAAAGGGUCAUCCAGGUUUGAUCGGCCUGAUCGGACCACCUGGUGAGCAAGGAGAGAAGGGAGACCGAGGUUUGCCCGGGCCCCAAGGUUCUCCAGGUGGCAAAGGUGACGGUGGUAUCGGUGGAUCCUCCGGUCCUCUCGGUCCCCCGGGUUCCCCUGGUCUGCCUGGUCCUCAAGGUCCCAAAGGAUCCAAGGGUUCAAGUGGGCCUGCUGGGACAAAAGGAGACACUGGUUCAAUUGGUCCUCCUGGUCCUCCUGGCCCGCCAGGUGAAGUCAUCCAGCCACUGCCCAUCCGGUCGUCCAAGAGGAACAAGCGCUCCAGAGACAUGCAGUCAGACGCAGCCGCUGCAAUCAUGGACUACGGCGAGGGCAUGGAGGACAUCUUCGGCUCACUCAACAACCUCAAACAGGAUAUCGAACGCAUGAAAUACCCCAUGGGCACACAAAACAACCCUGCCAGGACAUGCAAAGAUCUGCAGCUCUGCCACCCAGAGUUCCCUGAUGGCGAAUAUUGGAUUGAUCCAAACCAAGGCUGCUCUGGGGAUUCCUUCAAAGUCUACUGUAACUUCACCGCCGGGGGCGAAACCUGCAUCUAUCCAGAUAAGAAGUCGAAUGGAGUCAGAAUAUCUUCAUGGCCCAAGGAAGUCCCUGGGACAUGGUUCAGUGAAUUUAAGCGUGGUAAAAUAUUUUCCUAUGUUGACGUGGAUGGAAACUCAAUCAACAUGGUACAGAUGACCUUCCUCAGACUACUGACAGCCUCUGCCAGGCAAAACUUCACCUACAGCUGCCACCAGUCUGUGGCGUGGCACGACGCCACCAGCGACAGCUACAACAAGGCGCUGCGCUUCCUGGGUGCCAACGAUGAAGAGAUGUCCUACGACAAUAACCCUUACAUCAAGGCCCUCUCAGACGGUUGUGCGACGAGGAAGGGCUAUGGAAAGACUGUGAUGGAGAUUAAUACUCUCAAAAUCGAUCAGGUUCCCAUCAUCGAUGUCAUGUUGACUGACUUUGGGGAUCCUAACCAGAAGUUUGGGUUUGAAGUUGGGCCCGUCUGCUUCCUUGGCUAAAGAAAAAAGAAAAAAAGAAGAAAAAAAAAAAGGACUUGAUGGGGCCAGCAAAGAAAGUCAAGUUGAGACGUUUUGGGUACCACCAAACCCCAUUUCUAGCCCCCCCACCCUUUUCUAUGCCACAUGCAAGUUUUGAAUAAGAGAUGGUGUAGCAAACAUGUCUUUCCAUGUAUGUACGUGUAACCCAGGAAAAUACUUGUUGCCCUUGUAGGGCUCGAACCACAUGACUUAACCACGUUAUGGAGCAACGGUGAAGGACAUUUGAACCUGUGGCAGAGGAGGGUGAAUCAGAAGUAACCAAGAGGGGGUCGGGCGACCUCCUCUCUGCAUUCUCUAGGUGCUGCAAUGGUGCUUGUUCAAAACACACACACAAAUAAAGAGGUGCUAAGAAAGAAGGUUUAUUUUGAUAAUUAUAAAAGAAAAACUGUAAUUAUUAUUUUGUACAAUACUGUUAUUUCUGAAUCCACUUUCAAAACUUGCAUGUGUAUCCGAUUCUGCUUCCGGCUCUUUAAUUUCAAUGUUGGUUCAAAGAUAUACAGUGUAAGUUAAAGACAUCAUCCAAUCAAAUACAUUUAUGAUACUUUUUGUUCAACACAUACUGUGUAUUUGUCAUAAAGCAAAUAAAGUGAGCAUUCAAACAAUUCUCUAUUGCUAAAUUAGACUGUAUUCCCUUUGUAUAUAUUGAUAGUCCAAAGCUUGAGGUUAUCUGCUGUUUUGCCCUUGUGACCGGAGGUGAAACAGCUGGAAGUAUCACACCAGCAUGUAGACGGCAACAUCUCCCACUAAUGUUGUGAUCUGGUGCUCGUAGGAAGCAAUCAUGGCAUUCAUUUUUUCCUUUAUUUAAUUCUAUUUGUUGUUUUUUUCAGUUUAUUUUUCCGACAGGCUUUUUAUUUUGGUUGUAUACCUCAAACUUUCUUGAUAACCUGUAAGAUGCAAGGAUGUUAUGCCCUGUAUAUACCUUGGUUAAGCAAUUAAGUUUAUAUAUUUGGGUGGGGAUUUUUUAAAGAGAGAACUACAUUAACUGUUAGACAUCCACUGUUCAAAUCCUUCUGUGAAUGCAAUGAGAAGCCCUUUAGGUGACCCAUUUUUGUAACUACAAUGAGAAAAUGUUUUAAUGUGCUUUUUAUAGUUCAUUUAAAUAUUAAAAACUGGAUUCUAAACAACAGUGAACUGAAUGUCUCAAUGGUUUGUGUAGGAUGACGUUGGGGUAGAUCUACCGACUGUACAUAUGAAAUGCAUGAAUCAAGGA